UCAUGACAGAGUGCACAGAAACAGGAAGUCAUGGCUUGUGACAUUGAGAGCAGGAUGUAUGCUACACCCCUGGCAGGCCCGGACACUGAUACAGCCACUUGGAUGCUUGUCUUGGAAUGGAGCUCCUUAUCCUGCUCUUGCCUUCGCUCCCAGGUGUUUUCAGUCUGACGUCAGAAAGGCAUGUAUUCGGCUGGGCAGCAGGAUCUGUCAGUGUCCAGUGUCACUAUGAUCUAAAAUACAGAGACAAUGCGAAAUACUGGUGUAGAGGCUGGCGGUGGACCUCCUGUGAGACUCUAAAAAAAACCAGCACUUCACAAAAUGAUGAAGACAAAGUUUCAAUCAGUGACAAUAAAACCCAGGGAGUAUUCACUGUGACUGUGAGGAGACUGGAGAAGGAGGACACAGACACGUAUUGGUGUGCUAUAGAUGUAUAUAGGCUAGUCGAUGAAGCCUUUUACAUUAACCUAACCAUAUUUGAUGCAACUACUACACCAGAUACACCAACUACUACACCAGAUACACCAACUACUACACCAGCUACGACAGUGGUGUCGGCAGGUUCUGAAACAAUCCAUUCAUCAACCACCAUACAGCUAGCAAGCACCCAACCAGAAGGGAGAUCCAGCAGUAGUGAGUUCUUGACUGUGUGGGCUGUUCUCCGCUGGCUCGUGUUUGCAGCUAUGCUCAGCUCCGUAGUUCUGGUGCCAAGGUGCUUUGAGAGGAUCCCAAAAAUAAAUGAAGAGGAACCAGAAACCAGUCCCCAGCAACCAUCCUGUUUAUCAGACAACCUGAAUAUACAUCAAUCACCAUAAUAGAUAUUAUAACUGUGAUGUAAAACGUACAAUUUAUAUUUGUUUAAAUGAGAAUAUACCAUUGACUGUAUUUCUAAAAGAUAUUUUGACAGUCUCAUCUAGGACAAGAAUGCCAUUUGUAAGCUAAAUCCCCUGCUGAGUUGGUCAGCCAGACUUAAAGUUAAUUAUAAAUUGGGACAACUGUUUUACAAAGACUCCUGCUGUGAAGAUCGGCUAGGCUUGACUUUGUUAAACAAAUGCUGAUCUUUAUCAGGAUUACGUACUGAGCUUCAAACAAUGUUUUUCACACUUGAGGCAAUAAAUUCUUGUUGGCAGACUUGAUGUCUGCAAUGAGUAUUCAAUACAUAACCUGGUCAGAAAUUGAGUAAUACUAUCAUCUAGUGGACGAUGGAGAUGGUUCAGUUUGUAAUUAAAAUACAUUGGCUUCACUGGUGAUUUAUGUUAACUGUUAUAAAAACAGUAUUCGUAUGAACUCUUAAAUUUACAAACAUUCAAAAUGUAGGGUAUUAAAAGCCUUACUUAAAUCACUAAAAAAAUAAGUAAUAUAUCAUUCAGGAAAUUGAUUAAAAUCUAAUUAAUUCAUUGGAAUGAUAAUUGUAUGUAUAUGAUUUUUUUUGGAACGGCAUUGUGUGAAAUCACAUCAGGAAAAUAGAAAUGUGAUUAAGUAAAAAUUAACUUAUGAAAAGUUAUUUCACAAAAGAGUAUUUGUAACUGAAUGCUUUUUGUAAGAUUUAUGACCCUUUGUUUGAAUGAAGAUGGGGAGGUAUCUUUCUGAUGAAGUUAUGAUGUCAUCUGCUUACAUUCAAAACAGCCAAUAAAAUUACUUGAUGGAGGGUUUACCAAUGGAAUGACUAGGAGAGUCGACCAAUUGAAUGACAAUAAUCAGAGAGACACACCUAUUCUCAAAUGUUAUAAAAAUGCUUGCUGCAUGGAAAAUUGAUCUGAAAGAGUAGUAAAUCAAAGCUCUCUCAAAAGACAAUACUACUCUUGGAAAAGCUACACGGAAACAUGUAAGUGUGUACAAUUGGACUGAAUUGCUGAAGACUCAACAACAUCGCUGUAACAUUUCAACUUCAACAACAACAUUUCAACAAAAUCAAAAACAGAGCUGCUGGACAACGAGAAAACGACUUCUUGAAGAAAAGAUCUUAAUUCAAGCAAUGAAUAAAAAGACGUUGCUACUAAAUCUUAAAGUAUGCUAAAAUACACAAAGAAGUAAACAGAAUACUGAAGUUACUUAAUACCAAAGUGCUUUUUAAAACUGUUUACGUUGGUGCUGCACCACUGGGAACAAACCGCAUUGAAGGUAACAGGAAGAGUCUCCUGCACCAGAGGGGGUGGAGCUGCCGUCCCGAGAGCCAGAGGGGGUGGAGCUGCCGUCCCGAAAGCCAGAGGGGGUGGAGCUGCCGUCCUGAAAGUCAGAGGGGUCUAGCUGCCAUCCCGAAAGCCAGAGGGGGAGGAGCUGCCGUCCCGAAAGCCAGAGGGGGUGGAGCUGCCAUCCCGAGAGCCAGAGGGGGUGGAGCCGUGGCUGUCACAGGAGCCACCGGCUGCAGUCAAGCGGGAGGAGGUGCCUCAACCACCAACCCUGCAAGUCAGUCCCUCUGCCAGAGGAAGCGCCAGAGGGACUGACCCACCCUCAAGCCCGCCCGCGGAAGAGGGCGAAGAAUAAAGAAAUCGGAUUUGAGGGUGGGUGGUCUUUUAAGGGUGGAGGGAAGUGGCCGUCGAAUGGACAUGGAUUGAAUUUAAUUAUUUAAUUAUAUUUGUUUAUUUAGUAAUGAUCCCCUGCACCUGGCUAUCAUUGUAAAUUAGAGCCAGGUGCAGGGUAUUUAAAGAAAGCAGCCAGUCUGUUAAGGGCUGCUGUGUGGAGAGCCCGCUUGUUAGUGUGCACAAGCGAAUGACAAGAAAAGCUAGUGUAAACCUGUCUGGUUUUGUUUUGUUUGAAUCUUUUGUUUUUGUGUUACAGGUAAACAGCUUAGCUGUCCUGUUUUAUAGUUAGGUUCCUGUGUUGUGUUUAGUUAGUGCUCAAGAAAGAGCUAGGUGUUUUGUUUAUUUUGUUUUA